GUAAACACUCCCAUAAAUACAACUCGAAUAAAAUUACAAAAACUCUCGUUAGAUUUCGUGUUGGUGUCUGCUUUCUGUUGCUUUUGACGAUUACGGGUGAAAGUGUGAUGGUUGAUGCUUGAAUAGAGAUGAUGGAUCCAUAUCCAAGUAGCCAAGCAAGCACUCAGGGAUUCCGUGAAACACAAGAAAUACCUGAAGUUCCUUUAGAUUUGGCAGAGAUAGAUGCUGCAUGGGGAAGACUUUUCUCAGUGAGAGAUAGUUUAUCUAGUUACAAUCUUACAAAUGAGACCUAUUCAUUUGGGAGAGGAAAUGUUGACCAUCGUUUUGACAGCAGGCAGUUUAAUGAACAGUUCCUGUCCGCUAUCUCUAAAACGCACUUCAGAAUCAGCCGGGAAAGAAAAUCUGCUACAGAGGUGUUUGUUGUUCUGGAGGAUCUCUCUUGUAAUGGAACAUUUGUUAACCAGCAGUUAGUAGGCAGAGGAAAGAAGAAAAUUCUCCAAAGUAAUGAUGAAAUAGCUCUUGCCCACUCAACCAGAAAAGGUAACGUUUAAUACUCUUGUACAAAG